AUGCGAGUAUUCUCUACCACUGAUGUUCAUCAAGUGUUCUUCAAUUACCGAGGAGAGGAACUGCGUUACAGCUUCGUGAGUCAUCUCAUUGAUGCUUUUGAAAGGCAUGGAAUCGAUUUCUUCGUUGACAAAUACGAGCAGAGAGGCAAAGAUCUCAAAGAUCUCUUUGCAAGAAUCGAAGAGUCGAAGAUCGCCCUGGCCAUCUUAUCUGUCAGGUACGCGGAAUCUAGCUGGUGCAUGGACGAGCUUGUGAAGAUGAAGAAGCUUGCGGAUCAAAGAAAGCUCCAAAUCAUCCCAAUCUUCUACAAAGUGAGUGCAAGAGACGUUAGGAAACAGACAGGUGAGUUUGGUGAAAACUUCUGGACGCUCGCCAAAGCUUCUAGUGGAGAUCAGAUCAAGGAGUGGAAGGAAGCCUUGGAGUGUGUCUCCGACAAGAUGGGUUUGUCGUUGAAAGACAAGAGCUCUGAAGCAGAUUUUGUGAAAGAGAUUGUUAAGGAGGUCAAGAGAGUUAUAGCAGCAAUUAAAUUAGAGGAAGAAGAAAAUAAUUUAGAGGAAAAAGGAGAAAGCUUGAGAAUUGCAUUCUCCAUGCAUGAUUUUUUCAGCAUUGUUAUCAACUGUUAG